AGCAUCAACUCUGCACUUCCCCUCUAUAUCUUACAGAAACUUAAAUAGCAGACUUGAGAGGAAAUAGAGACGACAAAAAUGGUGGCGGUUACUCUAUUUAUAUUAUUUCCCGCCAUUAUUAUCUCCUCUCUGAUAGAUCUCACAUCACAAGAUCCACACAGCAGCAGCCAUCACCUCCUCACUCAAUUACACGAAGCCAAUCUCAAGGUUGCUCAAUUAGAAUCUUCCGUUGAAAAAAUCACCCAAAAAGUAAAAGCUAGUGACAGUUAUCUACAAAGCCAGGAGAAGCAAAUUCAGGAUAUGGAGAAGAUGAUAAACCAUCUCCGAUUUACGCUGUCGAAUUUGAAGACUGGAUCACUGCUGAUUGAUGAAAGGAUAAAUGUGCUUGAGGAAGAGGUUCGAGCUCUAUGGGCGACUUCGAGGAAGAACAAUUUUGACAUUUAUGUUUUACGGUCUAGAGCAGAAGAGGCGGAGGACAGGUUGCAGAUUAAAAUUUCACAGGUUGACAAGAUGGCCGAUGUAGUGUCAGAGCAAUGGAUCCAAAUCCAACAAUUUGAGCAGGCUCUUCAACUGAGACAAAUGAACGUAUUAAAGGCUCAAAAGCGAGUUGGACACCCAAGAUGCUCAUUCUUGAAGUUAAUCAAUGAGCUAUUCAGCAACUAUCUUCCAGAGUCCCUUUGGCCAUUGGACUUGCAUUCAUUUGUCACCUCGAGAUCCUUCAUAUCCCAAACUCUCAAUCAAUUAAAAAGAAUCUAUUCAGCAAUGAAAAAGUCCCACCAUGAGCUGCAAGGAUUAAUCAAACGAGAAAUGGAAAGACACGCUGCAUGCCUUGUUAACGAGGAGCUAGUCUUUUUUGUGGCUUCUGCUUUAAUCAUCUUCCCGCUAUUUGGUGCUUGGCUGUUGCUUUCAUCAAAGUUACGCUAGUCGACAUUUUUGUUUUUGAGAAGAUGGCGUCUGCAUAUUCUAGAUGAACAAAAGGUCAAACGCCCAAACCACACACAUUACCCCUCCAACCAGUCAUUUUAUUGCUUCUCAUUUUUUCAGUUUUUAUGAGGGGGAUGAAUUACAAAUGCGUUUUUUGGGAAACAUGCAGCUUCAUUUACUUGGUGAAUUCUUCUAGUGUUUUAUUACUGCUUGGUCCUCCUUUAGGCUUACAAGGUUAAAAUCAAACGAUUUGCCCCACUUUUCAUGGGUCCGGCAUCAAAAAUUUGUAUUAUUAAAAAUUAGAUAUUAAUUCAAAAAUGUGAAUUUAUACUA